UCGCGCUGAUCUCGAGCUGAGGCCGCGCCGCGCGCCAAAACCCCUAUAAAACGUUCGGCGCCUCUACCGCCCGCGGUUCACUCGCCCACCCCACCUCCUCUGUCCGGUCCUCCUCCCCUGCCGCAGAGAAAGAAACCACGCGAGCAAACCACGCAAGAAACGCGCGUGCGGGGCAGCGGCAACCAGCCAAGCCAGGCACGCGUCGAUGGGCAACUGCCAGGCGGCGGAGGUGGCGACGGUGCUGAUCCAGCACCCGGGCGGCGGCCGCACGGAGCGCGCCUACUGGGCGCUCUCGGCCGGCGCCGUCAUGGCGGCCAACCCGGGUCACUACGUCGCCGCCGUCAUCGCCACCACGCAGCCGGCCGCGGCCGGGGACGCCUCGGGGUCCGCGCCCGUCAAGCACCUAAAGCUGCUCCGCCCCGACGACACGCUCCUGCUCGGCCGCGUCUACCGCCUCGUCAGCUUCGAAGAGGUGCUGAGGGAGUUCGCGUCGAAGCGGCACGUCAAGCUGAGCCGCGUCACGAUCAGGGCCAAGGACGAGGACGAGGAAGCGAAGCCAGCGGCCAAUCGCCGCCGCCGCCGCCGUGCCAGAGUCGACAGCCGCGGCGCCGGGGCCGGCGAGCGCAAGGAAUCCGACCGGUCACUGGCCAAGGUCAUGCGCCAGACGGAGGAGGUGGAGCCAGAGCCGGAGCAAGACCCGUCGUCGUCCGACCCCAGCGUCACCAAACACGGCCACACCGACGCGGCGGCCGACCUCGACGCCGAGCUGGACGCGCUGCUGCCGCACGAGGCGCUGCUCGGCCGCCGCGCCGCCCGGCAAUGGAGGCCCGCGCUGCAGAGCAUCGCCGAAGGGUGACCAGGCCCCUUCGGUAGUUCGGUCCCGGCGACCCGGCCGGUCGGUGAGCGGCCGAGCUCAGUGCAGGUCGGUCGCACGCCACUUGCGAGGCUGACAGCGUAUUGUAAAAUAAGCGAGGAGUAAUUGUUAUAGCGCCCUGUGUGGAUACCACCAGCUCCAGAUGUCUAGUAGUGUGUAGCAGUUGGGUAGUGGUAGUUGCUUGUAAGGUGGCGGAUCGGUAUACAAGACAGUAUCGCAUAAAAUCCUUUGUCUA